GGGGCCUUUUCGGCUCCUUUGCUGUGGCUGCCGCCGCUGCCGCGGUUGCUGCGGUUUGGUGAGGCGAGAACCUGUCGUGGACCCUGUAGAGUCCGUGUGUGUUGUUGUUUUUGCCUGAAGAGUCAUCGUUCCUCCGUCGCACCCUGACUCCGGUGGUGUCGACGGGGAGUCCCUACGGACACCUCGGCACGCCGUGGAGAUGCCUCUCUUUGCCACCAAUCCCUUCGAUCAGGAUGUUGAGAAAGCAACGAGUGAGAUGAAUACUGCUGAAGACUGGGGCCUCAUUUUGGAUAUUUGUGAUAAAGUUGGUCAGUCUCGCACUGGACCUAAAGAUUGUCUUCGGUCCAUCAUGAGGAGGGUGAACCAUAAAGAUCCUCAUGUUGCUAUGCAAGCUCUGACUCUUCUAGGAGCUUGUGUAUCAAACUGUGGCAAAAUUUUUCAUCUAGAAGUAUGUUCAAGAGAUUUUGCUAGUGAAGUAAGCAACGUAUUAAACAAGGGUCAUCCUAAAGUGUGUGAAAAAUUAAAGGCCCUUAUGGUUGAAUGGACGGAUGAAUUUAAGAAUGAUCCACAGCUUAGUCUUAUAUCAGCAAUGAUUAAGAACCUUAAGGAGCAAGGUGUUACAUUUCCAGCUAUUGGCUCUCAGGCUGCAGAACAAGCAAAAGCCAGCCCUGCUCUGGUAGCCAAGGAUCCUGGUACUGUUGCUAACAAAAAAGAGGAAGAAGAUUUAGCAAAAGCCAUUGAGUUGUCCCUGAAGGAACAAAGGCAGCAGUCCACCACCCUUUCCACUUUGUAUCCAAGCACAUCAAAUCUCUUAACGAACCACCAACAUGAAGGCCGAAAAGUUCGUGCUAUAUAUGACUUUGAAGCUGCUGAAGAUAAUGAACUUACUUUUAAAGCUGGAGAAAUUAUUACAGUUCUUGAUGACAGUGAUCCCAACUGGUGGAAAGGUGAAACUCAUCAAGGCAUGGGGUUAUUUCCCUCUAAUUUUGUGACUGCAGAUCUCACUGCUGAACCAGAAAUGAUAAAACCGGAGAAGAAGACGGUGCAAUUUAGUGAUGAUGUUCAGGUAGAAACAAUAGAGCCAGAACCGGAACAAGUCUUUAUUGAUGAAGAUAAAAUGGACCAGUUGCUACAGAUGUUGCAAAGUACAGAUCCCAGUGAUGAUCAGCCAGAUCUUCCAGAGUUACUUCAUCUUGAAGCAAUGUGUCACCAGAUGGGACCUCUCAUUGAUGAAAAGCUGGAAGAUAUUGAUAGAAAACAUUCAGAACUCUCAGAACUUAAUGUUAAAGUGAUGGAGGCACUUUCACUGUACACCAAGUUAAUGAAUGAAGAUCCAAUGUAUUCCAUGUAUGCAAAAUUACAGAAUCAGCAGUAUUAUAUGCAGUCAUCUGGUGUUUCUGCUUCUCAGGUGUAUCCAGGGCCUCCUCAAAGCGGUGCUUACCUGGUUGCCGGGAAUGCCCAGAUGAGCCAUCUCCAGAGCUACAGUCUUCCCCCAGAGCAGCUGUCUUCUCUCAGCCAAGGAGCACUUCCACCGUCUGCAAACCCAGGGCUUCCUAGUCAGCCGACUCAGGCUUCUUACCCUAACACCAUGGUCACUUCUGUUCAAGGAAAUACAUAUCCCAGCCAGGCUUCAGUGUACAGUCCUCCUCCUACUGCUGCCGCUGCUGAUGUCACUCUAUACCAGAAUGCAGGAACUAAUAUGUCCCACGUGCCAAACUAUAAUUUAACAUCCUCAGCGCUGCCUCAGCCAGGAGGCAGUCAACAGCCACCUCAGCCACAGCAACCGUAUUCUCAAAAGGCUCUGCUAUAGGAUUCGGGAUUCCUCUUUGAUCUGCAAAAUGCCGCUGACAAUGUUAUGCAUUUCUUUGAUAUCUUAAGGUUCGUUUAUCCUCAGCUUAUAGGAAUCUUUCUUGGUCAACAAGUUCAAAUAUUCAAGAAGUUAGGACUCUCUGCAAUUUGCACUGACUUUUUAGAGGUUCUCCCCUCCCCCUCCUUAGAGGAAUGAAACUACUUACAACAUUUAAUUCCUUUCAUAAUAUGAAAGAAUUGAUAAAAGAUUAUUUGUCUCAUAAAAUUACCUGAUCUGCAAAAAGUCAAACUUACAAAAAUUGUUGUGGCAAAUGUUAUGUACAUAUAUUGCUAUGUAACUUCAUUAGUGGCCAUUUUGAAUCACAAUGGUGAUCAUGUGAAUAUAUUUAACACUGUUAAAUUAAUUUACAUUGCUAUUUUAUUUUAAUCAUGAACAACUACCAUGUUUCAUAAUGUUUUGUGUGAAUUUAAGCUAAUUACACUAUCCUUUUAAACUGCAAGGAACAAUGCUGUAACAUAUUUACAUGAAGGCAUUAUGUUGUCAAAUGUUUUCAUUUUUACAUUAAACUUUUCCUUUGCCUGAUUGUGAGAUAAACAUAUGUACAUUAUAUCUUUCUGUAGCCUCUGCAUACUACUAGCUGUCAUUACACCAGCAUACAGUAGCUAAAUUUUUGGUGCAAUUAUAGCAAAUGAUGUUCCCUUUUAAACUUAGACAUUUUGGCAUGAUAUUUCAGAGUAUUGUGGGACCAUGAGACAAAUUGAUAAGUAGGAUCAUGUUCUUUAUAUCUUAUUUUUAAAGGAAUAAUGUUGGUUUACUUUUUUUCCUUGUUGAAGACAGUAAUUAGGUUUAUAAACUGUAUACUGUGUUUAUUGGUGGCAGUGACACCAAAGAUAGAGGCAAUGGAUAGAAGUUUUUAAACUGGAAAGAAACCAUGAGAAACACUACAUUUUCAAAGUCUCUUGUAAUUGUUUAGGAUAUUAAAAAAAAUUGAUUCAUUUGUCUUAUUCCAUUAUUAGUCUUUUAAAUAUGUCUUUAACACAUUGUAUCCUUUAAUUCUUCAUUAAAAUCGAUAUAAGCAGAUGUUUCAAAGUAAUCAAUAUUCCUGGCUUUGCUUAACAGUUUGUAUGUUUGUUCUUACCUUUCAACCUGGAUGAGGCUGCUCUCUCUCUCUCUAUUUUUGGAGUUCUGAUGGAAUUAUGUUGGCUUCCUAUUCAGGAGUAUUUUUCAAUGAAUGCUUUUUUGUUUUUUUUUUAU